AUGGUGCACGUUUCCUUUUACCGAAAUUAUGGGAAAACGUUCAAGAAGCCUCGUCGUCCAUACGAGAAGGAGCGCUUGGACGCCGAGUUGAAGCUGGUUGGGGAGUACGGGCUUCGCUGCAAGAGGGAGUUGUGGAGGGUUCAAUACGCCCUCAGCCGUAUCCGUAACAACGCCAGGAAUCUGUUGACACUGGAUGAGAAGAACCCGCGCCGAAUCUUCGAGGGUGAAGCACUUCUUCGAAGAAUGUUCCGUUAUGGACUUCUCGACGAGACCCAGAACAAGCUCGAUUACGUGUUGGCCCUCACCGUAGAGAACUUUCUUGAACGCCGCCUCCAGACCCUCGUCUUCAAGUCUGGCAUGGCCAAGUCCAUUCACCACGCUAGAGUCCUCAUCAGGCAGAGGCACAUCAGGGUUGGAAGACAGGUGGUGAACAUUCCAUCGUUCAUGGUUAGGGUUGAUUCCCAGAAGCACAUUGACUUCUCGCUCACGAGUCCACUUGGUGGUGGUCGUCCUGGACGCGUUAAGAGAAAGAACCAAAGGGCUGCUGCUAAGAAGGCUGCUGGUGGAGAUGGAGAUGAGGAGGAUGAAGAUUAG